GCUCGUGUUUUAUUCGGCUUGUAGCCAUGGCUCGGUUCGCUGCCUUACUGCUUUUACCUGUUCUCAUUGAAUCGGUAUUUUCUAUUUCUUUCUUUCUACCUGUAAAUUCAAGAAAAUGUCUACGGGAAGAGAUUCACAAAGACGUGCUCGUCACAGGGGAGUAUGAUAUCAACGACGAGUCCAACACUAAAACCAACCUGAAGAUCACAGACUCAUCGGGACACAUCCUCUACUUGAAGGAAGAUGCAACGAAAGGGAAGUUUGCCUUCACAACAGAAGAUUAUGACAUGUUUGAAGUGUGCUUUGAGAGCAAGUCACCAAUGGGAACUGGGAGAGUCCCCGACCAGCUGGUUAAUCUGGACAUGAAGCACGGUGUAGAGGCCAAGAACUACGAGGAGGUGAGUAGAGACCAAGCCUUUCAUUUGACCAGGGGGCGUUGUUGUUCCUCGGCUGUCUCCUGA